UCCAUGGAAACAAUAAUCCCAACAUGCAAUGCUUGAUGUCAGAGGCUCUGCUGCAUCCCAUGCUGGGAUCUUUGUGCUCCUCCUUACUACUGGUUAUGUGUGUCAUGUUGUUGAAGUGGAACUAGGUGUAUAUUGGCUACCGCUGCUCUGUGGGAGGAGCUGGGGAUUGGCUGCAAUGCCAAACUGAUGGAUGCUGGGCCACUCUUCUAACUGCUGCUCAUUGCUGAAGGUUGUCACGCGGGGCCACGAUGUCAGAUAUCAUGGUGAAUUUGAAGUCCUUUCAGUCUGAGCAUGCGGUGGAAAAAAGUGAGCAGCCCUUGCUGUGUUUAAGAAGCCGCUGCAAGAGGAUGAUGGUGAAUGCAUGCGCCCAUGCUGUCUUCUUCUGCAAGCUGCUCCAUACCCUCAGGCAGAAAGAGAGUGGGAAGGUUUCACUGAUGGCCUCCAAGGAAUCCAUGGGUGAAGGCCUGAAGGUUGGAAUUAUUGGUGGAGGCCACAUUGGGAAGCAGCUGGCCAGGGCACUACUGGAGCUGAGUGGCAUUUCAGCUCAGAAUAUCCACAUCUCCACCAGGAGGCCAGAGACUCUGUCAGAGUUCCAGCAGCUUGGAGUCAAAUGUUUUUAUGACAAUGGCCAGCUCGUGGCCUGGGCAGACAUUGUGUUUCUUUGUUGCCUCCCAUCUCAUCUGCAGCACAUCUGCUCAGGAAUUCGUGCUGCUGUCCGGAAACCCUGCAUUGUGUACAGCCUGGUCACUGCUGUCCCGCUGCCCAGGUUGAAGCAACUCCUUUCCUACAGUGCCAUCCUGAGGCCACAGUACCAAUGCACUAGCAGAAACUUAGAGAAUGUGUGGGGGACAAAUGGGACAAUCAUAGCUGCACUCCAAGACCCUAUUGUUAUCCAGGCUACCUGUCCCUGUAGCCCCAAAGAGAAAAUUGCUGUCACUGGCAAGUGGUUGGAGGCCGUUUUCUAUGCAGCCCUGAACAGCUGUAUGUGGCGGCACCUGCCCCACCAGCGCGCACUGAAGUUACUGAAUGACGUAUGUUUCCCUGAGCACUGCCCCAUCUGUGCAGAGCAGAAGACCUCCUGCCCACGGUUUGUGUGUGGGAACUUUGUCAACCAAACAUUUGUCUCCUCCCUGACUCAAGAGGACACCUUCCCCUGGUUUGACCUGACAACUGUACAAAUGAAGGAGUCUCCCUUCAGUCAGCUCCUAGCAAGGAGUGUGCUUCUCCAGAACCAUCUUACUUUGCUGUACUGUACCUCCUUUGGAGUUUUGCUUGCAAAGAGUGGAGGGAUGGCCAGCAGUGGCCUCUGGCAGCAGAAUGUCUUCUCUUUCUGCCGCAGCAGAUCCCAGUAUGGUGCUGGAUCAUGA